AUGGACCCCCACCGCGACCGUCCGACAAAGUACCGCUACACCACUGAGAUCCAGCAGAUGAUGUUUGUCUUUGGCGAAGUCCAGGACCCACUGCCUGAGACCACCAUGCUCAUCGAGGAUAUCGUGCGCUCCCAGGUCAUCGAGAUCAUCGUCAUGGCCGCCGCCCAGGCCCAGCGCCGCGGCUCGCGCUUCAUGGCCGCCGAGGACUUUAUCUUCCUCAUCCGCCACGACCGCACAAAGGUCAUGCGCCUGCGCGAGUACCUCAGCUGGAAGGACGUGCGCAAGAAGGUCAAGGAGCGCGAGGAUGCCGACAACGAUGUCAUCGACGACGCCGCCGCUGACAAGCCCGACCGCGGCGCAUCCAAAGUCAAGAUCAGGCUGUCAUGGGAGCUCGCCACCACCUUUCUCGACAACAUCAACGACGACGACAACGACAACGACAAUGAGGACGAGGAGAUGCUCGACGCGCAGAGCGACUCCCUGAAGCGCCUCAAGGACGCCGACGACGUCACGAAGCAGAUGACGCGCGACGAGUACGUCCACUAUUCUGAGUGCCGCCAGGCCUCUUUCACCUUUCGCAAGGGCAAGCGCUUCCGCGAGUGGGCCAACAUGGCUGCAUACCUUGACACAAAACUCAACGACGAGAUCAUCGACAUCCUCGGCUUCCUGACCUUCGAGAUGGUUUCCAAGAUCACAGAGUCCGCCCUCAAAAUUAAGCGCGACCUAGAGAAGGCCGCCAACGACGCCCAGUGCCUGGUCGAAUCCAUGCCCACGCCCACGCCCACGCCCACGUGCAGCCAGCAACAACCCCAGAAACUGCCCCCCAAGCUGGCCACGUCAACCGUCUCGCUCUUCUCUGGCCCCCCAACAGCACGCACGCCGCUGGACGUCCAGCACGUCCAGGAGGCCUUCCGCAGAUUGCAGCGCGCCCCGCAACCCAUCCGCAACUUCAAGGGCGGACUGACCAGAACACGCGUGUCCUUUAUUUGA